CAUAGAGUACACAUGCAGCUGGCAUUUUCCCCAUUGUUUUAGCCGGAAUCGGUAUGUUCGUAGCGAUUUUAAAAAUGUGUCGUGAAGCAUUCAUAAUUCGCAUUGUCACAUGGUCUACGAGUAAAAUUGUUAUUAGUUCAAUAAGGAUCUCUAGAAAGUGACAAAUGAUAUUGUUUUCUAAAGUCUAAUAUUUUCAAAGUAGGAUGACUGUAACAGGUGAUAAAGGAAGUGUGCCAAGAAUUAAGGAUUUCUUACCUCAAGUGUUCGCUGCGCUUUCAGGAUGCCUCUUUGCAAUAUCCGAUGGAAUGACAUACGCCUGGACCUCUCCCAUGGUGCCCUACUUAACUAGCAACAGUAGCCACAUAGAAACAACUCACGCAGAGGCAGAAUGGCUCGAAGCUUGCUACCUAUAUGGAUCUCUCGCUGGAUUACCUCUAACUUUGUAUUCAGUGAACAAAUUCGGCAGGAAGGCCUCAGUGGUAUAUGCGUCAGUGAUGGUGCUUGCCUCUUGGGUACUGAUUGGUUUAGGGGAUAAAAUGAUAUACCUGUUUGUCGGUAGAUUCCUCUCUGGGGCAGCUGCAGACAUGGCAUACGUAGCUUGUCCCAUGUACGUAUCAGAAUUUGCCGAUGAAAGGAUACGAGGUUUUCUAUCCGGAUUGGUCAUGGUAUUGGACCACACUGGCUCGCUUAUACUCUAUGGACUAGGUCCUUUCACUCCUUACUACGUAAUACCUUUAUUAGCUUUUAUAUUGAUAUCCUCCAAUAUGGUCUUACUCGUUUAUUUUGUACCUGAAUCUCCAUAUUUUCUGUUAGACAACAACCGAGUAGAAGAAGCUACUAAGGCUAUAAAAUUUUUUAAGUCGUAUAAAGACACUGAAGAAGAAAUUAAUCAAAUAUCUUUAGCCUUGGAACGAAAGAAGUACAACAGUGGUAGCUUUAGACAAAUACUUUCGAGCAGAUAUAACCGCACAUCUUUAAUGAUUAUAGUAGCAUUAAAUUUGAUUCCACAACUUUUAGGUUACUCAACUAUUGUAAUGAAUUUACACAUAAUCCUAGACUCUGCCCAGACUGUUCAUAUCAACUCGGCUCACGCCGCUAUUCUUUAUGGUGGAAUAAUGUGGAUAGCUUCCAUAUUCUGUUCCAUAUUAGUAGACCGAUUUGGAAGAAAAUUGUUAAUCAUUAUAUCUGCUGUUGUUUCGGGACUUUGUCUAUUUGUUUUAGCUUGCUACUUUCACUUACAAUAUUUAGGAUUCAACGUCGUACCCAUUAGUUGGUUGCCUAUAGCAUCAGUUAUGACGUAUGCUCUCUUUUUCAAAAUAGGCAUCGGCAUCGUUCCUCUCAUAGUCACUGCGGAAAUAGCACCAGAUACUAUCAAAGCCUUCGCAGUAGCUCUUGGUGACGGCUUAUUUAUAGCCGGAGGAAUUAUCUCAGUCCAACUCUACCAGUUUGUUACAAAGGUGACAGGAAUGUUUAUCCCGAUGUACAUAUACUUCCUUUGGGCUAUUGUCUUGUUAAUAUUUACCAUAUUCUACGUACCUGAAACUAAGGGUAAGUCAUUGGAUGAUAUACAGAAAAUGCUACGAAUAUCUGCAGCUGAAGAUCCUGAGACUGUGAAUAACGAGAGAUAUAGAAGAAGAGGUUCUGGACCUGAAAAUGUAUCUUUAGGUCAUAUUUAAUGUGAUUUUGUAUAUUGUGAUACAAAAAUAUUAUAUUGUUUAUUAUUUUUUAUACCAAUAAAAUAGCGUUUUAUUAAUUUA